UAUAGCCUGAAGACGAAGCUGAUGCAACACCGAGCAGGGAUAACACAGCAGCUAUAGGCGCAUCACGUCAGAGCGCCUCAGAGAGAGGAAACAGCAUCUCACCAUCUCAUCAUAAAGCGAGUCAGAACAGGAGUUUCUUCCUCUCAAGAACUAACUGACACCAGCAUGCCUGUCAUCAGAACCCUCAGCAAGGUGGCCAAGCUGGCCCUGCUCAGCACCCCGGGGUGCGGCUGCCAGCCCCUAACGGUGGCUGUACGCAACAUCAGCUUCUCCCCACGCCAGGUGACGUCUGACGCCAGCUUCCACUCCGUGUCCUUCUCCGAAACAGACCACCCCAAAGUGCUCAUUACAGGUGGCCUGGGACAGCUCGGAGUGGGGCUUGCCAAACUGUUGAGAAAGAGGUUUGGAAAGAACAACGUCAUUCUGUCUGACAUCAGGAAACCUUCAAGCAAUGUUUUCAGCAGCGGCCCCUUCAUCUACUCCGACAUCCUGGACUACAAGAACCUGCGGGAAAUUGUGGUGAACAACCGCAUCACUUGGCUGGUUCACUACAGCGCCCUCCUCAGCGCUGUUGGAGAGGCUAAUGUGGCCCUGGCGCGCUCUGUAAACAUCACCGGGCUUCACAACAUCUUGGACAUCGCAGCAGAGCACGGCUUGCGUCUGUUUGUCCCCAGCACCAUCGGUGCCUUUGGCCCCACUUCGCCCCGCAACCCCACGCCAGAUCUCUGCGUGCAGAGACCUCGCACCAUCUAUGGCGUCUCCAAAGUCCACGCUGAGCUGAUGGGAGAGUACUACCACCACCGUUACGGCCUGGACUUCCGCUGUCUCCGCUACCCAGGAAUCAUCUCUGCUGACUCCACGCCUGGCGGCGGCACAACAGACUACGCCGUCCAGAUUUUCCACGACGCGAUCAAAAGCGGCAAGUUCGAGUGCAACUUGAGACCCGACACACGGCUGCCCAUGAUGUACAUCGACGACUGCCUGCGCGCCACGCUGGAGGUGCUGGAGGCGCCGACUGACACGCUGAGCAUGAGGACCUACAACAUCAACGCCAUGAGCUUCACCCCCGAGGAACUGACCCAGGAGCUCCAGAAGCAGAUGCCCGAGCUGGAGGUCACAUAUGACGUUGACCACGUACGGCAGGCCAUUGCUGACAGUUGGCCAAUGAACUUCGAUGACUCCAACGCGCGGAAGGACUGGGGCUGGAAGCACGAUUACGAUCUCCCAGAGCUCGUCCAGACUAUGCUCAACUUCUUCGGCGCGGAGACGCGCAUGGCUCGUGCCAGCUGAGGGCGCACGGCGGCGGUCCGAGUAUUCUUUGUACAUAAUGUAAAGACUGACCAAAGAGGAUAGAGAAACUUGGCCUGUACAUAGUCGUUCUCUCACUUCUCUCUGUAAAAUCAGAAGGGCUCUGCUUGCCUGGCACAAAGCCACCGUGUCUCCAGAAUGUAAAGGUCAGUGCGGGGCUAGACAAUCCUCCCCGCUCCUGUCCAUCUAUCCCUGCUUCGCUCUUUUUUCCCUCAUUUUUUCUGCCUUGAGAUUUGGGGCGAAGAACAGUGGAAGGUUGUCAGCAGUAUCAGGGAUAACGUGGCCUGUGGAAACUUGUUUGGAUGAGAAAGAAGAUGCCUUGCAUGUUGAUGUAUUGCGCAAAUCUUUUGCAAAUGUUGCAAAAAUCUAUUUAGCGAACUGAGAAUGUUGCAUUGUGUAUUUGUAAGCGUUUCCACCAGUUUUCCAAAGGGUUUUGUUUUCUGCUAAAUUUCAAAGGGUUUUCAGGUAUUCUGGGGCUAAAAUCAAGUGACUUUCUAUUGAGAGGUGUACAAAUACACAAACUGUGUCCUUGCACUUUAGACGGAUUCAUAUCUUAAAAUUACUGACGAGUGAGACUAAUCACUUGCAGGGGCGAUUUCUGAUACAGUGCAUCUGUAUUUGGAGCAGCGCGGAGCGGUCAUCCUUAAGAAUUGUUCUUCUGUUUAUUCCAUUAUUUAUUCUGUCUGUUGGUGUUAAACGUGUGGGAGCUUCGUCGAGUCAAAGCAUUUCUUAACACUCUUGUUUCUGUCCACUUUUAUGUUAUUUUAUUCUUUUACAUCAACUCUGUGGGAUUAUUUUGACACAAAAGGGAAAUGUGAUGCCCCGUUUGGCCACACUAUGUGGUUUUCUGUGUUUUAACAUUUUGUAUGAGAAAUUAUAAAAUUGGUUUCUAUGUGAAAGUCUGUCUGUACUUUCGAUCACACAACGAGCCUUGACAAUAAAACCUUUUUCCACAUGA